AUGGCAGAACCACCAGCCAAGCGCUUCAAGUACGCUUCGUACAAUGAAAAACUUCGAGACAUCUCCGUCACCAAAGGCAAAAGCAAGGCGGUCGAAUGGGCAGAUGCAGAAUUCAAAGAGGAGGAUGGGCACUCGACCCCCUUCACAUCUGAGCUCACCCGUCUUGGCCUGCAUGACCUCACUCUGCCCUAUCAACAGCUCUCCCGACAGCUCCAACCCCUCACCUCGACCCUGCCCAUCACCCUCCUCAACCUCCAGCCCAUCUGCGACAUCUUCCAUGCCUUCUUCACCAAUCUCAAAGACGGCCAGGACCACGUCAACUCUGGUCUCGAAUCGGCCCUAUCCCUCGUCCAAGCCCUCUACGCGACUUGCCUAGGCGAGGCCACCCCGUACCUCCCCGCCAUCGCCAAGCUCCUCCUCCGGACCGGCAAACUCAGAGCGUUGGAACCUCGGCUCAUCGAAAAGAGCUUCUUGACACUCUCGGAAGCUCUCCGCCACGUCGCCGCUACGCUGCUCAAGCCAGAGUCCGACGCUAUCCUCAGGCAGACCUGGUCAGAACUCACUCCGUACCUUCGGCCGCGGGAAAACAAGCGAUAUGUCCGGCGUUGUGUGGCGGACGCAUGGGUCGCCAUCAUCCGCAAGGCCAGAGGAGACGGCCUCAAGCGGUUGACGGGAAUCAUGCUCGAGGAGGAGCAUCAGGGGAUGGAGGCGGUAUGGGCGCAUAGUGUCAAGGGGGCACCCAAGCAACUGCAUUCCAGGGCGAUGCCCAUCCUGGACGCUCUGCUGGACGAUGCUCGGCAGGAGGACACGAUGGCUCUGGUCAUGACGUCGGUCUGCCACCACUGUGCCUCAGUCAACCUCCUCCCGGUCGUCCAAAACCUGCUCGACCGUCUCGACAAACAAUCAUCUCAGAUCUUGCCCCUCCUCUCGACACUGCUAUUCAUCCGAAAAGGAAAGCGGUACCCCGAAUCGCUUCUCAAACCAACCAUGCUCAAACUGCUCGAAUUACCUAUUCAUGGGGCUUACCUCCGCACCGUCGUCGCGGUCCUCAUGGCGAGUAAGCUCGAGCAGUGGCUGAGUCCGGGCGUCGUGCUGAUUGAAAAAAUAUGGAAACGUCUAUCCCAUCGCGAGGCUUUCGAGUUUGCCGACGCACUCGUUCUGCUCAAAUGGCCUGGUGUGGAGCAAUUCCUUCUUCCGCAUAUCGCAAGAUCCACCACCGAGGCUAUCAACAAAGACCCCCUCUCCACCGUCAUCCUCCUCAAUACCCUUCGCACCACCGGCUACCUGAGCACCGGGCUCUCGAACGUACAAGGCGGACGUUGGCGCUCGACCAUGACCAGCAACAUUGCUGCUGUGCUCGAGAGGGUCACUCUCACGACGGUCGAAGACAAGCGCCUGCUCGGUCAAGUGCUGCAACUCGUGCACGCACUGGGCGACUUGGCCGUAUUCGAGACACACCUCGAGCGCAUCAUUCGACUGGCCCUUCGGCUGACCCCGGCGGAUUGGCAGGAUGGAGUGUGGAAUGACGGGCAUAUCUUGGCGGCGGUGCUCGGAUGUGUCAAUGCCAUAUCGCACACGCCUAUCGGCGAGCGAUUACGAGUAGUUGUGUGGAAUGUCACCUCACUGGAGGAGCUGGUUGAUGGAUGGUCGUGGAACAGAGAGGUUAUGCAGCAGGUGGCAGCGAUGGAGGGCAAGCACACCCUGAACGCGGCCAAGCUCGAAGCCAAUCUGCUCUCGGCCGACUCAUCCCUUCGAAGAUCUUCGCUGGAGAUCUUGUCUGCUACCUCGGCCGACAAGGAGGUCUGGGACACCUGCCUCCAGGUUGAGAAUGCGGAAAUGACACUACGCAAUUCGCGCGAAAAGCCAACGCAGAUUGCCCGACUCGGCCGGCUCUUGCUCGCUCUUCCGCUCGAGCUCGAGCAGGUGACGUUCAGACUCGCUUUACGAUACCUCCUCGUCCAGCUCAAGGUCAAUUACCGACCUAGUUACCCCGAGACCAUCAAAUGGUUUGGCCAACUCGCGUCAAAUCGGGACGAAGCCAUCUGGGAGCUGGUCUGGGCAGAGCUGCAGCAAACCCACGCUGCUCCCGUCAUGUCCAUCCCAGACUUUGCCGCGGUCACUCCCGCGUGGGCCCAGUCCAAACCCUCGCGCGAGCGUGAAGUGGAGGAUGAAGAGGACGAGGCCGAGUUUCGCUGUCCGAAUCUGGAACGUCAAAACAAGGUGGUCACCAAGGCGCUGGCGGGUGGGAUGGAUGCCGAAACAUUGGACGAGGGGGAGAUCUCGUCGCAAAUCAGCCAAGAUCGGCUCGACGUCCUCAACUAUGAAGCCCAACUCUUACUGGUCCUCGGCGACGUGGUCUCUCUCGCUGAAAAGCAUACUCGGGUCCUCAUCCCCAUGUUCUUUGAAGUGGCGGGCCAUGAAUCCGAAGAGGACGGUGCGACUUUAUCCACUCGGGCCCGACAACAGCGCACGGCCAACUUUCUCGGGCUCCUCGCCAAGUUUGUCAACCCCAAAGCUGCGUUCCGGUCGGACGAGCUGCGCCAAAUCUACCUGGACAUUCUCGCCAAGGGGGACAACCACCUCCAAAAGCUCUCGCUGGAUUGCUUGUUGACCUACAAGUCGCCGGCACUAGUGUCCUACCAGGCAAACUUCAAAGCCCUGCUGGAAGAGACCAAAUUCCGGGACGAGCUCGUCCACUUUCAGCUCGGCCAGGACGCAGGAAUCAUUGACCCUCAGCACCGCUCCGAGGCCAUUCCCGUCGUCAUCCGCCUCAUGUAUGGCAUCAUCACCGCUCGGCGGGGCCGAACGAGCGCUCACGGACUGGCGGGUCGGAAACAAGCGGUCCUUACGUCCAUGUCGGGCUGCUCGUCGGACGAGCUCGCCACUCUGGUCGAUCUCAUGCUCGAGCCCUUCAGCUCGGAGCAUGCCGCCGGUCGACAGCAGUUGGGUUUCCUCAGCUUGCUGCACGACGUCCUGCGGUACCUCGGACCACAGACCGAGGAGCACUGGCCGAGGAUGCUCAAAACGACCAUUGCGCUGGUUGGGCAUGCUCAGGCGAUCGUCGGCAAGGAGGUGGACGAGGUCGAAGACGAGCCCGAGGAGGAUGCCACUGGCACGGCGCCUCUUCGGCACAUUCGGUCGACCGGUAUCAAGCGGAUCGUCCAGUUCCUCCGCUCCCGGGUCGACUUUGACUUUGGCGAAUACCUACCCUCCAUCUUUGCCGCGGCCAUCUCUCCACGGCUGGACAAGCUGGAGAUUGAGAAUACGCAAGCUCCAUCCGGUACGCUGGAGCUCAUCGCAGCCAUCGCAGCGUCCUCACACACUGCGCCCAGCUUGAAUGCUCUGGACGAGCGCACCCUCCCAAAAACCUUUGCCUGCCUUGUCGCGGUCAAGGUCAAACCCGCCGUCAUUGCUCGGGUCUUUGACAUUAUCGAAUCCCUUCCGGUGGAGGGCACAGCCAUUGCGCCCAACAUGCGGCCUCUCCUGGAGAGCAUCAUCCAGCUCGUGCCAAAUCUCAAAUCGGGCAAUGACGACCUCAUGCGGCGCCUGCUGGGGAUACUCUCUAGCCUCUCCACCAUCGUCGCUGACGGGCAACAAGCGCAGCAACUCGCUACCCUUCUCAGCCCGAUGCUUCGCCUCCCCUCCAAGCAGCUUUCCGAAAAGGCCAAGCUCAACAUCCUCCGCACCCUUCAACGGCUCUUUGCCAUCUCGCCGGAAUUUGCGGAUCCCCAAUCCACCUUUUUCAGCCAAAAUUAUGAGCAAAUCUGCAACUUGUUGCAAAUCCUAUUCUUCCCCUCCUCCCGACGCGCCCUCAUCACCCUGCUCGACGUUUUUGCCGAGGUGGACGGCUCGGUCAAGGAGGUCAUCCGUGUCACUGGCGAAAUCAAUGCCUACUCGUCGCGGAGGCUGGAGGAGCCCGACUUUGACCGGCGUCUUACGGCCUUUGGGGAGAUCCUCCAGGUCGACCCUCCCUCGACACGGCGUCAAUGGAUUCCUCUCCUGCGGAGCUGCCUCUUCUUCAUCCGCGACCCGGACGAGCUGUCCAUCCGGACCAGCGCGUCCAGCGUCAUCCAGCGGUUCCUCACGGUCGUCGGCGACUCGACCGAGGGCGAGCUCGUGGAGACAUUCCUCUACGUCGUCCUACCCAGUCUCAAGCAGGCCUUGCGGUCAAAGCUGGAGCUGGUCCGGAACGAAACACUGUCGGUGCUCUCGCACGCGGUCAAAACAUGCACGGGGAUCCCAGUUCUGGUAGAUCUCCAACCGCUACUCGGCGGCGGGGACGAGGAGGUCAACUUUUUCACCAACAUGACCCAUAUCCAGGUGCAUCGGCGCACUCGGGCAAUCCACCGGCUUCGGGAUCUCUGCGCGGAAGGCCAAAUCAGCGAAUCCGCCGUAUCGACCAUCUUUAUUCCCCUCCUGGAGCACAAUAUCACCGGAGCUACCGAGGUGACGGACCAUCAUCUCACCAAUGAGGCUAUCCUCGCCAUCGGAACACUGUCGGGUGUUCUAAAGUGGUCCCGCUACAAUGCCACCAUCAUGCGGUACCUUCGGCUCGGAUCGGGAAGAUCGGCCCAGCAGAAAUUCUACAUUCGUACGGUGUCGUCCAUCAUCGACAACUUUAGAUUUGACCUCAAGUCGCAAGCGGUGGUGGAGGUGGGGCCGGACGACGAGGGAGAGGAAGACGCCGUGGCCCUGCCUGAACGGGCGGUGAUCACGCAGGUCGUCCUGACGCGCUUGCUCCCGGCGCUGAGCAAGUUUGUCGAUCACAAGGACGACACCGAUGAUAAUAUCCGCAUCCCGGUCGCACUUGGCAUCGUCAAAAUCGCUAGCGCCCUUCCCAGCGAGUUAUCUGGUAAUGAGGUUUUACGCAUCAUCACCACGGCCAGCCAGAUCCUGCGGAGUAAGGAUCAAGACACGCGAGACCUCGCCCGGGACACGAUCUGCAAAAUCGCAAUCUACCUUGGGCCAGAUUGGCUCGUUCGCGUGCUCAAGGAGCUGCGGGAUGCGCUCCAGCGGGGGCCGCAGAAGCACGUCCUGGCGGUGACUACCCAUGCCAUCCUGGUACAGGCGUCCGAAGCAGAGUUUAGCAAUAUGGAUACUGCGGUGCAAGAUGCAGUCGAGGUCUCAGCCGAGGUGGUCUGGGGGGAGUCUGGGCGGGACGUCGAGGCGGAUGGGUUCAAGACCAAGAUGAGGGAGGUCAAGGGAGCCAUGACGAGGGGGUACGACACCUUCCAGCUGGUGUCACGGCUGGCCUCGCCUAGCAAAGUGUCGACUAUCCUGGCGCCGCUGCGGGAUGUCAUGCACGCGUCGCAGUCGGUCAAGACAAUGCUGCAAGUCGACGAGGCGCUGCGUCGGAUCGCCCUCGGUCUCAACGCCAACACCCAACUCGACGCCAAGGACCUGCUCAACCUGUGCUUUUCCCUGGUCAGCGGCAACUCGGCGUAUCACAAAUCCAAGCCAAAGACCAAGGCGGCGCGGGGCGACCGCUUCUCGGUGCAAAUGAAGCGGAACGACAACAAGGUGGAGGAUUAUUACCCUCUCAAUGCGCCCAAAUUCGUCGCGUUCGGUCUCGACCUCUUUGUCACCGCAUUCCGGCGGGGCAAAUUUGACUUUGAGGAUGUCGAUAUCCUUGGUCGGCUGGGCCCAUUGGUCAACGCCAUCGGCAAUACCCUCUACUCUACCCACAGCAACGUCCCUCUUCUUGGCCUCAAAGCCACAGCGGCCAUCGCUCGCUGCCCCCUCCCUCAAUUGGACGAAGCCCUCCCCGUCUACAUUACCAACAUCUUUCGCAUCCUCAAAUUGAGCGGUUCGGCCGAGUCGGACCUCGCACAGACGGCGCUAAAGACAUUGGCGGUGAUUUUGCGGGACUGCAAAACGGCGUCAGUCUCGGAGCAUCAGCUCAAAUAUGUUCUCGAGAUCAUCACUCCGGAUCUCGAGGAUGCGGAUCGACAAGGGGCCAUCUUUGCUGUCCUUCGCGCCAUCGUUGGGCGCAACUUUGUUGUCCCUGAAGUCUACGACAUGAUGGACCGCAUCUCCUCGAUCAUGGUCACCAGUCAGUCCACCAACGUCCAGGAGCAGUGCCGGUCGGUCCUCAUCCAAUUCCUCCUCGACUAUCCCCAAGGCGCUGGUCGGCUCAAGAGCCAGAUGACGUUCCUCGCGCAGAACCUCGACUACAUCUACCAGUCGGGACGGAUCUCGGUCAUGGAGCUGCUUUCCGCGGUAUUCAGCAAGUUCUCGGAUGACAUUGUUACCGAGUACGCGGAUCUCUUCUUUGUUGCACUGGUCAUGGUGCUGGCGAAUGAUGAUUCGGAAAAGUGCCGGACUAUGGCGGGAGCGCUGGUCAAGCAGCUGGUCGAGCGGGUGGACGAUCGCCACCGCGAGCGGAUUGUGGGGAUAUUGAAGAGCUGGGUGGAACGGCGAGCAGAGCACGUUUCGUUGGGCGGCGCGGCGUUGAGCGUAUUCGGGCUGCUCGCAGGUGGGGGUGAGGCAGGGGUGGUCGAUGCGGCGUUGGAGAUUGUUGCGCCGAUCGUGGAAGAGUGCGCUUCGGUCUUGGCUUCGGCCGAGGACGCUACCGCGGAUAACAAGCUCGACCACCAGCUCCCUCACCAAGCCCUCGUCACACUCGCUAAAAUCAUCCGGGUCCGCGACGAUGUCACCGCCGACCUGCCCUGGUCGGGCAUCAUCGAUAUGCUCCUGUUCCCUCACGACUGGGUCCGCUUCGAUACGGCCCGUGUCAUCACCACGGUCCUCACCAAGCCGGAUGGUCUCGAGCUGUUCAGCGACGACCAAUUGCUGGAUAUCGCUAGGAAGAGCUGCUUGCUGCUGAAGGGCGGAAAGGAUGCGGAUGGAGAGGAAAUGGUGGUGGAUGCGAAGCUGGCGGAUGAGGUUGUCAAGCUCUUGUGGAACGUUGCCAAGCACUGGGCGACACAAGAGAAUAUCGAGGAAGACAGCAAGCAACCGCUGCCGUGGCUCAUGUCGCGUACAUCUUUCCUGGCUCGUCGACUCAUCAUUGAUCGGCCAUCCUCGCACAUUGCCUACCUCCAGACCGAGUGGACCCGCCCGGUGACGUCGAUCUUCCGGUUUUUUGCGGGGGUGUAUGAGAUCCUCAGCGAACAGCAGGCCAAGCAGUUCUCCAGGCAUGUACUGGCUCCAGUCUACCGGGUACUUGACGAUGGUGGGGAUCUAGCCAACAUGGAGGAUGAUCAAGCUAUAGACGAUCUUCGCCUCCUCGCUACAGAAGUACGAGACUUUGUGCAAACCAAGAUCGGCCCUAGUGACUUUUCGCAAGUCUGGGAGAGUCUGCGCAAGAAGGUUAGGGAGACCAGGGAGGGUCGGCGAGAGGAGAAGAAUAGAAUGGCUGUUGCAAACCCGCAAGCUUGGGCGGAUCGCAAGGGAAAGAGGGGGGAGAUGAAGAAGGAGUCCAAAAAGCGGAAGGUUAGGGCGUUUGCGGAUGCAAAGCAGCGAGAGCGGCCCGUCAAACGGCGAGUAUGA